GUUGAUGGAAGCACAUUUAACGGCAGUGUCAUGGCGGCUUACGGAAGCAGUUUUGAAAGUGUUAAUAGCAUCGAAGACCGAAAAGAAUACAAACGUAAAGCCAGGGAGGAGGUUAUUCAGAAGGUAAAUAUGUGUGCUUUAUAAGUAGAUACCAAACUACAUGCUCAAUGUAAGAAGAUACUUUGAUAUAACGUCAGUACAAAAGUCAAGUGUGUGGCUGCAACAGCUAGCUGAAUGCUAACAAAUAGCUAGCCUGAACGUCUGCCAUACGAAUUAGCUAGCUAGUUUUCUGGUGCAUUUUCUACAAUAUUUGUAAUUGGUACAUAUACGUAUGUUUGUAAUAUCAUAUAGUGUUAAUAAACCGUUUUGAAUAAUGCAAUUACCUACUACUAGCUAGUACAGCAAAGAUGUGUAGCUAGCUAGUUAGCUAUCUUAGCCAGCUCGCUAGCAAUCAUCAAAACAGCGAGAGGAAGUCACAUGGUCCUUGCUAUAAGGGGUCUUUAGGACGUCCCCCCCCCCCCCCACACACACACUGAAGUUGAACAUUAAAAUGGGUUAGGGUUUAGGUUAGGGACUUCCGAAUAGCACGAACCGGAGUCACAUGGCUGGCUAGCUAGCUACUGUACCUAUUUAGUCUUAGCUAAGUAUUGGCUAAGCUAACUACCUUUUAAACGUUUGUUAGAACUAUACAGUCGAACACUACUGACUGAAAUGUUAAGUCUUUGUAGAAACUAACUAACAUUACUUGCAUUCCUUUUCAAUUCCUGCCCAAGUACAUUCACUUGUUUACAUGACCCCUUUUCCCCCCAUGGUGCCUCUGCUACGGUACUAUGCUGUUAUUCUCUCUCUGGUAGUCAGUCGUGAUGUGAGCAUGGCAGACACUAGGUGGCGAAGUUCUACAUAGCAGAGCUAUAUCUGUUUGCUGAAUGUCUACCCACCAUGCCUCAGGUGAUCAAAAGAUUACUAGGGAGAAAUAAAGAGCAACAGACGCUGUGCCCUCUGAAGACAGGAAGGAAAUGACAAGGCGGAUGGACGCUUGCAUCAAUGGAAGCAGAUUGAUAGUGUUUACAGUGGUGUGAUUGAUCGAGGCGCACCAUAGUGUGUGUGUAAAUAUGAGGUGUCAUCAGUCAGGUAGUGGCGUCUGCAGGGGAUGGCAGGACAAACACUGCUGCAGGGCGAUAAGGGCUGUGACGCAACCACCCCGGAUACAGUUUAGCAUGGUUAAAUUCCUCCUUCAGAAGACACAUACACUCACUUAACACCUUACACCAUACAUAUGCAUUUCAUGCACACAAAAACAUCAACACAGAGUAGUCAGGUCCAUGUUAUCUCCUGAGCAGCUGUGUUGACUUCAUAAACAGUGUGAGGUGUGUGUGUGUGUGUAAUGGUGACUGAUAAGCUUCCUGGAGGAAGUCAUCUGAACUCUCUCCAUUUAUCUCUAAAUCUCCUCUCUCCCUCUCUUUCACUUCAUCUCCGUUCUCCUCCCUCUCUCUCACCUCAUCUCCAUCUCCGCUCUCCCUUCUUCCUCACCUCAUCUCCGCUCUCCCUCUGUCUCACCUCAUCUCCCCCUCCCCCAGGCGAAGCAGCAGUAUGAGAAGGAGGAGAAGAGGAAGGAGCUGAAGAGACAGAGAGGAGAGGACACCUGGAUGCUCCCUGAAGUUGACCUCCGACUGCAGCAGCUAGAACAGGUCAGCAGGUUGUUGCUUUGGUAACCCCAUUAUCUUUUAAGGAGGUCACUUGUGUGACCUCCCUAUCCUCUGCAUGGCCUAGUAGUAAGGUUGACCCCAAAGUCAAUAUUUGGUUCUCAUACAGCAACAGUAGAUCUAGAGCUGAGCUGGUUUUGUAGCUCUAGCUUGAGCAUAUUGAUGUUUCCAAUCCAUUUAUCCUAUCUAUCAUGGCUUAAUAAAGAUCACUUCGUUUUGCAUAAUUUAAUCAGGCCCACUUAUUUCUGUCACCUUCAGGAGGUUUCAAGCAAAACCAAGAAGAAGAAAGAGAAAAAGACCAAGAAGAGUAAGAAGGAAAAGAAGAAGAAGAAGGAGAAGAGAGCUCAGAGAGGAGAUGGGUCCAGUGCCAGCUCAGAGGUAAGCGCCAUUGUAUUGCUCUCCCUCCUUUCCUCUCACCUCUUUCUUUCUCUCUCGCAUCUCACAUUCCCUCUCCUUCCCUCUCUUGUGCUUCCUUUCCUCUAUCCUGAACAUAUUUACAUUUUACAUUUUAGUCAUUUAGCAGACGCUCUUAUCCAGAGCGACUUACAGGAGCAAUUAGGGUUAAGUGCCUUGCUCAAGGGCACAUCGACAUAUUUUUCACCUAGUCGGCUCGGGGAUUAGAACGUUGUAAUGUUGCCAAAUGUUGUAACAGCCUGAAUUUAAAAUGGAUUAAAUUGUGAUUUUUGAUCACUGGCCUAUACACAAUACCCCGUAAUGUCAAAGUGGAAUAAUUUUUAAAGAAAUGUUUACAAGGUAAUACAAAAUUAAAAGCGGAAAUGUCUUGAGUCAAUAAGUAUUCAACCCCUUUGUUAUGGCAAGCCUAAAUAAGUUCAGGAGUAACAUUUUGCUUAAUAAGUUGCAUGGAUUCACUCUGUGUGCAAUAAUAGUGUUUAACUAGAUUUUUGAAUGACUACCUCUUUUCUAUACUUCACACAUACAAUUGUUGGUAAGGUCCCUCAGUCAAGCAGUGAAUUGCAAGCACAGAUUCAACAUCAACAACAUUGUAGUUACUCCACAAUACUAACCUAAUUGACAGAGUGAAAGGGAAGCCUGUACAGAAUAAAAAUAUUCCAAAACAUGCAUCCUGUUUGCAACAAGGCACUAAAGUAAUACUGCCAAAAAAUUGGCAAAGCAAUUCACUGUUUGUCCUGAAUACAAAGUGUUAUGUUUGGGGCAAAUCCAAUACAACACAUUACUGAGUACCACUCUCCAUAUUUUCAAGCAUAGUGGUGGCUGCAUCAUGUUAUGGGUAUGCUUGUAAUGGGUAUGCUUUUUUUUUUUUUGGGGGGGUGGAUCAGCUUCAUAUUGCAGAUAGAUUGUAUCUUCUAUCAAUGUAAUUGUCUGCAUCACUUCCAAUCCCCCAUGUUUUAUAUAUAUAUAUAUAUAUAUAUAUAUAUAUAUAUAUAUACUCCCCUUUAUUACUUUUCAACCCCACCAUCCUUUCCCUACUUGUAAAUUAGUGAACAACAAUGCCCAGUCCUCUACUUCCGGUCUAUACUUACUAUCUACACCUUAUGGACAGAGUUAAUUUUACAAUAAUUAUAUUUUAUAUAUAUAUUAUUUUUUGUUCCUGAACUUCAUCUACUCUCAACCUCUCCGAUCAUUUUCAUGAUGUCCAUCCGGUUUGCUUCUAUAUGCCAUAUCUUUCUAACUGUGCUCUUUCCCAAAAGCUCCCAACAUACAACCUAUAUACUUAUUAUGGACACAGUAUGCUUACAUUAUUAGCUAUCUUUGUUAUUAUUUGUUGUUAUUUGUUAUUAGUCCCAUCCUUCAACUCUAUUCAAUACCUCCCAUCUAUCUCUUAACACCAUCCAUAUAGGAUUUCUAUUUGCCAUAUAUAUUUCAACCGUACUGUGAUGUUUUACAAAAGUUCUGAACCUUUCUAUUCUCAUUGCUUCUACAGAUUGUGAAUUAAAAAUAAACAUUUUUGCUAAAAGUAUUAUUAUAUUAUUGAUUGAUUGACUAUGACUUUUCAGAUCACCCAGUAAUGCUAUCUGCAAGGUUAGCUCCAGGUAAAUAUUGCAAUCCUUUAGCCAUUCCUGGACCUGUGUCCAAAAACAAGCUACAAAUGGACAGAACCAAAACAAAUGAUCUAAUGAUUCUGUCUCUUCACAGCAAAAUUUGCAGAGCUGGGAAGAUUGUAUCCCCCAUAUAAAUAACAUUCUAUUGGUAGCAAUAAUUUUAUAUAAUAAUUUAAAUUGAAAGAUUCAAAUUUUUGAAUCCGGUGUCGUUUUGCGUGUCAGUUCAUAAACACUAUGCCAUGGGAUCGGUACGUCAAAGAUCUCUUCCCAACUAUUUUGCAAUCUAUAUGGGACGGCUGUCAAUCCUUUGGUCCUUAAGUGAAACUGAUAUACUUUUUUAUUUAUCACAGUUUUCCUUAACCAAUUAUGUUCUUUAAUGCAAGGCCGACAGACAAGUUCCUUACUUUCUCCCCCUUCCACUUUCCUCUUCCACUUUUGCGGUAAGGCUGCAAUUAUUUGGUUGUAAUUUUGGGUAGAGCAGACAUUUCCAUAUGUUUUUGUUAGCUGCAUGUGCGACAUAACUCCAAAUCAAAUCAAAUUUUAUUGGUCACAUGCGCCGAAUACAACAGGUGCAGACAUUACAGUGAAAUGCUUACUUACAGCCCUUAACCAACAGUGCAUUUAUUUUAAACAAAAAAAGUAAGAAUAAAACAACAACAAAAAAAGUGUUGAGAAAAAAAGAGCAGAAGUAAAAUAAAGUGACAGUAGGGAGGCUAUAUAUACGGGGGGGUACCGUUGCAGAGUCAAUGUGCGGGGGCACCGGCUAGUUGAGGUAGUUGAGGUAAUAUGUACAUGUGGGUAGAGUUAAAGUGACUAUGCAUAAAUACUUAACAGAGUAGCAGCAGCGUAAAAAGGAUGGGGUGGGGGGGCAGUGCAAAUAGUCCGGGUAGCCAUGAUUAGCUGUUCAGGAGUCUUAUGGCUUGGGGGUAGAAGCUGUUGAGAAGUCUUUUGGACCUAGACUUGGCACUCCGGUACCGCUUGCCGUGCGGUAGCAGAGAGAACAGUCUAUGACUAGGGUGGCUGGAGUCUUUGACAAUUUUGAGGGCCAGUCCUACCGAUGAUAUCAUUUAUGAAGAUUAUACCUUUUUUAAACAUUCUGUCAAAAAAUAAAGUUUUUUUUGUCAAUUAGUAUAUUUGAAUUUAACCACAAUGUUUGUUGCAUUAUUUGUUCUGUCGUUUCUGGAGGAUUAAAUUGAAAUUGCAACCAACUUUCUAUGGCUUGUUUUAGAAAUAGUGAUAUUUGGGACAUUAUUUCCUUUUCAAAUAACUGAAAGUGAGAGGUUGUAAUCUAAAUAAAGGGAAAAAGGCCAUUCUUGAACAUUGGGUGAGACAAUCUUACUAAUUUGCUUGAGAACCAGUUCGGAUUUAAGUAUAACUUUUGUAUGACUGAAGCUUUUAGUGAUAGGUCUAAUGCUUUAAUAUUUAAUAAUUUCUGUCCUCCUAAUUCAUAUUCAUUAUAUAAAUAUGCCCUUUUAAUUUUGUCUGGCUUGCCGUUCCAAAUAAAAUUGAAUAUUUUUUUCUCAUAUAAUUUAAAAAACUGUUCGCUAGGCGUAGGCAAGACCAUAAGAAAAUAGGUAAACUGGGAUAAUACUAAAGAGUUAAUCAGGGUGAUUUUUCCACAAAUUGACAGGUAUUUUCCUUUCCAUGGUAGUAAGAUCUUAUCUAUUUUUGCUAACGUUCUAUAAAAAUUUAUUGAAGUGAGAUCAUUUAUUUCCUUUGGUAUAUGUAUUCCGAGUAUAUCCACAUCACCAUCAGACCAUUUUAUUGGUAAACUACAUGGUAAUGUAAAAAUUGUAUUUUUUAGUGAUCCAAUACGUAAUAUAGUACAUUUGUCAUAAUUUGGUUGUAAUCCAGAGAGGUUAAAAAAUGUAUCUAGAUCCUCUAUGAGGCUGUGGAGGGACUCUAGUUGUGGAUUUAAAAGAAAACAUGAAUCAUCAGCGUACAAUGACACCUUUGUUUUUAAGCCCUGGAUUUCUAAUCCUCUGAUAUUAUUAUUGGAUCUGAUUUUAAUAGCUAACAUCUCGAUGGCCACAAUAAAUAGAUAUGCCGAUAGUGGACAACCUUGUUUCACUCCUCUUGACAGUUUAAAACUUUCUGAGAAAUAGCCAUUAUUUACUAUUUUACACCUAGGGUUACUAUACAUGAUUUUGACCCAUUUUAUAAGAGAUUCUCCAAAAUUGAAAUGCUUGUAAUUGUUAAGGACUGGUGAGUUUUCAGGAUAAAAAUUAACGGAAUGGAGCUAAGCACAGGCAAAAUCCUAGAGGAAAACCUGGUUGUCUGCUUCCCACCAGACACUGGGAGAUUAAUUCACUUUUUUUCAGCAGGACAAUAACCUAAAACACAAGGCCAAAUAUACACUGGAGUGACUUACCAAGAAGACAGUGAAUGUUCCUGAUUGGCCAAGUUACAGUUUUGGUUUAAAUCUACUUGAAAAUCUAUGGCAAGACCUGAAAAUGGUUGUCUAGCAAUGAUCAACAACCAAUUUGACAGAGAUUGAAGAAUUUUGAAAAGAAUAAUGGGCAAAUGUUGCACAAUCCAUGUGUGCCAUGCUCUUAGAGACUUACCCAGAAAGACUCACAGCUGUAAUCACUGCCAAAGGUGCUUCUACAAAGUAUUGACUCAUGGGUGUGAAUACUUAUGUAAUUUUUUAUUUUUUCUGUAUUUCUUUUUCAAUACAUUUGUAAACAUGUUGUCACUUUGUCAUUAUGGGGUAUUGUUUGUACAUGGGUGAGGGGGAAAACAUCAAUUUAAUCAAUUUUGAAUUCUGGCUCUAACACAACAAAAUGUGGAGUAAGUUGAGGUGUAUGAAUACUUUCUGAAGGCACUGUGUCAAUUUUAGCCCUCUUUUCUCUCCCUACAGGGGUCAGAGGAUGAGUGGGUUGAGGCCCAGCCCCAGGCAGAGGCAUCGGGUAAAGCCUGGAAGAUUCCUGCCAAGUCUGAGGCCAAGCCCACAGACAGCAGCCCUACCCCAGCCGAGAACAACCAGGUAACACCCCCAUCCAUCCCCCUCCACAGCACCGGUAAACCCUAAGACAGGGAUCAUCAACUACAUAGAUUCAGCCGUGGGUAAAAACAUUUAUUGAGCGGAUGGUCAAGGGGCCGGAACAUAAAGAAAAAUUAUUUGUAGACUGCUAAUUAACUGCAAGACCGAUUAUAAUAUUUGAUUAAAGCAUAUUAAUUUCAAACCUUGCUUACAUUUGUAUACGAUCACAUAGUUGCGGCCAAAUAUAUUGGCACCCUCACACUUUUCUUAAAUCAUUCCCUAUUUCUGAUCAAAUAAGUAGACAUAAAAAAAAGUCUGUCACCGCACCUUGUUAUUGGAUUUUCAACAUUGCAGAACCCAUUUUAUUUUCGUAACCUUAAGUUUACAAUUUUAAUUGAAAAUAAAGAAAAUGGCAUCGACAAAAUUAUUGUCACCCCGGAGCUAGUACUUGGUUGCACAGGCUUUGGCCAAGAUAACUGCCGACAAACACUUAUUGUAGCUAUUAAUGAACUUGCUGCAUCAUUCUACUGACAAUUUGGCCCACUUUUCAGCAGCAAAUUACUCUAAUUUUUAAAUAUUUGAGGGGUGCCCUCCAAUGUUCCUUCUAAUCUGCGCGCAUGCGCGCAGCUCCCCUCGGACUGCCCCGCAAAAUAAAGAUCAGCCCAUGCAGAAAAGCAAGAGAUUGAACUUCACUCCACUUUCUAGAGUUUUCCACUCAACAUUUCGCUCUACUGUUGUAGUUGUGAUCGAAUCAACGCAACAUUAGCCACUUUCAAUGUAAAAUACCAAAACAAACUAUGCAGGACUUAGUAUGAAAAACUAACUGUUCAAGAGAUUCUGUUGUGGGCAGAGUUGUAGCAAAAACACUUUUUCAGCUACCUCCUUGUCUGAAGGACAAGGGAAUAAACAGGUUAAUGUCAAGCCCUGCAUGUUAUUCUUUUCAAAAGUCUCAUGGAAUGUAGGCCUACAUUGAACACCACACAUUGGCUGCUACUGUAGGCUGAAUGAUAGAACAGCUAUUUCCAUGUUAAAAUGUUAUGGGAUGCAUUUUUUUUAUAUAUAUAUUGUUUUAUGGUAGGCCACUCUGGUAGGCCUGCAUUAUGAUCAAAUUGCCACAGUAGCCGACUUGGCCACUGUUAAAACUGUAAUGUAAAGCGGGUACAGCCUCAGUGUUCACAGUAAACGUGCGCCGGAAGUUGCACAGAAUUUUCACAACAUUCAACUUUGCGCUCAGCAGACCUGAAAUGUGUCUGUACCUAAACAUUUUUUGAGGGAACAUUGGUGCCCUCCAACAACUGCUGUUUUCAGAUCUCUCCAUAGGUUUUGGAUGUGAUUCAGAUCUGGUCUCUUGGCUUGCCACUCAAACUGUCCAGCAUCUCUUCAUAAAGGGGUAGUUUGGGAUUUUGGCAAUGAGGCCCUUUUUCUGGCUCCCAGGUGUCUUUUAUACAGGUAACGAGCUGAGAUUAGGAGCACACUCUUUAAGGGAGUGCUCCUAAUCUCAGCUUGUUACCUGUAUAAAAGACACCUGUCCACAGAAGCCAUCAAUCAAUCAGAUUCCAAACUCUCCACCAUGGCCAAGACCAAAGAGCUCUCCACGGAUGUCAGGGACAAGAUUGUAGACCUACACAAGGCUGGAAUGGGCUACAAGACCAUCGCCAAGCAGCUUGGUGAGAAGGUGACAACAGUUGGUGCGAUUAUUCGCAAAUGGAAGAAACACAAAAGAACUGUCAAUCUCCCUCAGCCUGGGGCUCCAUGCAAGUUCUCACCUCGUGGAGUUGCAAUGAUCAUGAGAACGGUGCGGAAUCAGCCCAGAACUACACGGGAUGAUCUUGUCAAUGAUCUCAAGGCAGCUGGGAACAUAGUCACCAAGAAAACAAUUGGUAACACACUACGCCGUAAAGGACUGAAAUCCUGCAGAGCCUGCAAGGGCCCCCUGCUCAAGAAAGCACAUAUACAUGCCCGUCUGAAGUUUGCCAAUGAACAUCUGAAUGAUUCAGAGGAGAACUGGGUGACAGUGUUGUGGUCAGAUGAGACCAAAAUGGAGCUCUUUGACAUCAACUCAACUCGCCGUGUUUGGAGGAGGAGGAAUGCUGCCUAUGACCCCAAGAACACCAUCCCCACUGUCAAACAUGGAGGUGGAAACAUUAUGCUUUGGGGGUGUUUUUCUGCUAAGGGGACAGGACAACUUCACCGCAUCAAAGGGACAAUGGACGGGGCCAUGUACCGUCAAAUCUUGGGUGAGAACCUCCUUCCCUCAGCCAGGGCAUUGAAAAUGGGUCGUGGAUGGGUAUUCCAGCAUGACAAUGACCCAAAACACACGGCCAAGGCAACAAAGGAGUGGCUCAAGAAGAAGCACAUUAAGGUCCUGGAGUGGCCUAGCCAGUCUCCAGACCUUAAUUCCAUAGAAAAUCUGUGGAGGGAGCUGAAGGCUCGAGUUGCCAAACGUCAGGCUCGAAACCUUAAUGACUUGGAGAAGAUCUGCAAAGAGGUGUGGGACAAAAUCCCUCCUGAGAUGUAGUUGGCCAUCAGGUUUGCACACAAGAAACAUCUGACCUCUGUGAUUGCCAACAAGGGUUUUGCCACCAAGUAAUAAGGCAUGUUUUGCAGAGGGGUCAAAUACUUAUUUCCCUAAUUAAAAUGCUAAUCAAUUUAUAACAUUUUUGACAUGCGUUUUUCUGGAUUUUGUUGUUGUUAUUCUGUCUCUCACUGUUCAAAUAAACCUACCAUUAAAACUAUAGACUUGUCAUGUCUUUGUCAGUGGGCAAACGUACGAAAUCAGCAGGGGAUCAAAUACUAUUUUCCCUCACUGUAUCUACUUCCCCAGAGUCCGAUGCACUUUUAUGUCUCUGUGUGCAGUUUGAAGGAAGUUGCUAACUAGCACUAGCGCAAUUGCUAAAAAGCUCUGACUAAGGCCUUGAGGCCGAUACGUAAAGCUUAAUAAAGAGCAGUGAUACUAGCAAGAGCAGUGUGCAGGUUUCUUAUUUUUUCUCAUCUUAUUCAACUGUUACCAUGCACCUGCAACAAAGAUAGCACAGAUGUGCGAGUGCCUUUUGAAUGUUUAACUAGCGUUAGAACAAUGACUAGAAGUCUAUGGUUAUCUGCUAACACUAGUUAGCAUUUGCUCGCAAAACUACCUCUAACUUCCAUCAUACUGGACACAGAGACAUAAAAAAAAAGUAGAUAUAGGGCCUCACUACCAGAAUCCCCAAGUAUCCCUUUAACCAUUCCUGGGUGCUUUUUGAUGCAUUGUUGGGAUCAUUGUCCUGCUGAAAGACCCAUAACCUUCAACAGAGACCUAGUUUUUGGACACUGGGUUGAACACUGGACUACAAAACACCUGAUAAUCUGCUGAUUUCAUGAUGCCUUGCGCAUGUUCAAGGCCCCCAGUAUCAGAGGCAGCAACAAAAAAACACAGCAUUAUCAAACCUGCCCCAUCUUUCAUUGAUGCCCUAAGAGAACAAGUAGCUAGGCAAGGUAGUCAAGAUGGGGGUUGAGCUGGAGGGUUCUACGCUGCUCUUGGUUUACAUAGUGGUGUCGUCUUAUUGAGCUGUAUGAUCUAGGAAGUGUGUGUGCAUUUUUUUUCUUCUUCCAAAUCAAAUUAUAUUCGUUACGUCCACAUUUUCAAGCAGGUGUAAAAGGUGCAGUGAAAUGCUUAUUGUGUGUGUGUUUCUAGGAGAUGGGAUCAAUAGAGCCUCUGAUCGAUACACAGCCUGUGUCACCAUCAACAAUCAAUAACCAGGCUUUUUCAGGUUUCUCUCCAGGAUUUUCGAACAAGGUGGUGUUGAUGAGUAAGGAGGGGUGGUCCGGAGGGGUGCUCUGCCCCGCUUUGGACUCAAGAGAUUUUUGCGUUUAUGAACACCUUUCCUGCAAUCUACAAUGUUUUUACAUAGUGGCGCAGCCAAUGGUGCAGCGCCCCUCUUCCAUUAUUUGGGGAGAACCCUGAUUUUACUAAUGCUGUCACACACACACACAGUCGCACACCUUCCCUUAUUAGAUUUACCCCCACUGUGUGUGUUUUUGUCUGUCUGUGUGUAACAGCCUGAUCAGUGAGAGAAAUCACUGGUCUUAAAAUAGGCUUUUUGUUAGGAUCCUAGAUAAUGGCUUGAUAGUCAUAUUAGCAUUGAUCGUUUAUGUGUUUGGGGUUAUGAACCCAUGUACAUAAUGAUUUUAUGUUCUAUAUUGAUUUCUUUAUUGAUUGGGUUGAUGUUAUUGUCAGACAACAUUUCAUAACAUGAUUCAUGUGUUUUGUCCAUUCCCCUCUCUCUCUAUCCCUGUCGUCAUCCAUCCGCUAGAGAGAUGAGUGGAUGACCUUUGACUUCUUGACAAUGAGAACAACGUCAACAGCAGAGAAGAGGGCUGAGAAAGAAAGGCUGAAAGCGGAGGAGAAAGAUAAGGCCCGGGUCAUCGAGCAGGUGUGUGUGUGCUCGCUAUGUUUAAAUGGAAGGUUGAUGGAAGUUGAUUGCCUCACCUCAUCUGUUGGUUACCUGGGCAACCAAAAGUGCAAAACUGAGCAGGGACAAGGGACUUGACAAUUGCUGUGUGUGUGGUGCCCUAGGCAGGUCUGCACAAGCUGGAGUUGAACCCGUUCUGGAAGGAUGGGGGGAGUGGCCUGCCCCCAGAAGAGAAGGCCAGUAAUGUGGUUAAAAAAGGUAAAUCAAACCCCCUACACAACGUCAUACUACAUAAACCUUUUCUGCUCUCACACUUGUACCUGAAGUUGAAUCAUCAAACCCAUGUACACAACUCUCUAUAUCAGCCCAGUCUUUGGUCAACCCCUCUGUGCUAGGACUCCCCCUCUCCUCCGUCUGUGCUAGGACUCUCCCUCCCCUCCGUCUGUGCUAGGACUCCCCCCUCUCCUCCGUCUGUGCUAGGACUCUCCCUCCCCUCCGUCUGUGCUAGGACUCCCCCUCUCCUCCGUCUGUGCUAGGACUCUCCCUCCCCUCCGUCUGUGCUAGGACUCCCCCCUCCCCUCCGUCUGUGCUAGGACUCCCCCUCUCCUCCGUCUGUGCUAGGACUCUCCCUCCCCUCCGUCUGUGCUAGGACUCCCCCCUCCCCUCCGUCUGUGCUAGGACUCCCCCCUCCCCUCCGUCUGUGCUAGGACUCCCCCUCCCCUCCGUCUGUGCUAGGACUCCCCCUCCGUCUGUGCUAGGACUCCCCCUCCGUCUGUGCUAGGACUCCCCCCUCCCCUCCGUCUGUGCUAGGACUCCCCCCUCCCCUCCGUCUGUGCUAGGACUCCCCCCUCCCCUCCGUCUGUGCUAGGACUCCCCCUCCCCUCCGUCUGUGCUAGGACUCCCCCUCCCCUCCGUCUGUGCUAGGACUCCCCCUCCCCUCCGUCUGUGCUAGGACUCCCCCCCUCCCUCCGUCUGUGCUAGGACUCCCCCUCCCCUCCGUCUGUGCUAGGACUCCCCCCUCCCCUCCGUCUUGUGCUAGGACUCCCCCUCCCCUCCAUUGUGCUAGGACUCCCCCCUCCCCUCCGUCUGUGCUAGGACUCCCCCCUCCUCUCCGUCUGUGCUAGGACUCCCCCUCCUCUCCGUCUGUGCUAGGACUCCCCCCUCCCCUCCGUCUGUGCUAGGACUCCCCCCCUCCCCUCCAUCUGUGCUAGGACUCCCCCCUCCCCUCCGUCUGUGCUAGGACUCCCCCUCCUCUCCGUCUGUGCUAGGAACUCCCCCUCCCCUCCGUCUGUGCUAGGACUCCCCCCUCCCCUCCGUCUGUGCUAGGACUCCCCCUCCCCUCUGUCUGUGCUAGGACUCCCCCCUCUAGGACUCCCCCCUCCCCUCCGUCUGUGCUAGGACUCCCCCUCCCCUCCGUCUGUGCUAGGACUCCCCCUCCUCUCUGUUUGUCUCUGAGAGGGGAGGGGUGGGUUAAUGGUUCACUGUGUGUACAGGCACUGAGGGCCCAGACACUACGUAAAUCACAGACGGACGGACAGACAGACAUACCGACUGAGGGAGAUAUAAGGAGGAGAUAAAUAAGAGAGGGGAAAAUAGGAGUGAGAGAAGGAGGGAGAGGGAGACACUGUCAGGGCAAAUCGGGUAAAGCAUUUCUGGCAGGCAGAAGGACAACGAGAGAGAGUGGAGGCAGGCAGAGUGUGUGGAGAGGAGUGUGUGGAGAGGAGUGCAGGCAGAAAGAGAUUGCUGAGAGAAAGAGGGAGGCAGGCAGUAUUGAGAGAUGUGAGAGAGGAACAUUUAAAAAGUAAGAGGUACAGAGAGAGGGGCUUGGUUCUGUUAAGCGUCUCCACUCAGAAGGGUACACUCUGCCAUCUCCUGAGUGAGCUUUACUUUAACAGCGUGGCAGAAGAAGCAGACUUAAGACACACUCACACAGACAGUGACGCACACUGUCACUUACAUAUGCAAACCAAACUCCUAAAUACAGACAUGGACAGUACAGACUCUCUUUUAUCUCUGUAAGCUGUGUGUGUCAGAAGGGAAUGUUUUCGUCAUCCCUGGUUUGACUGAGAGGGUAAUGAAGAGGUGUGUGUGAAUGGAGGGGGGGGUUUAAACAUAACUUUUAACUUGGGCUUUUGACAAACUCACAUGCGCGCACACAUACAUUUUGAGAGAAAAGAGAUUGAGGGAGGGGAAGGGGAUGUCUUCUCUGGGGAAGGCAGAUGUGAAAUGUUCCCAUUCUCUGUGCUGUGUUCCGGAGAAGAGGGUAAGGCCUAGCUGUUCUCUUGGGAAGUUGACAAUGAUGUUCUGUUCUCAGUGAAAGAACACUGAUUUCCCACAGAUAAAAGUUUAACUCUAAUUAUUCCCCUCCAUCCUCUGGUCAUUCUGUCCAUCGCUCUGUUCCCUCCCUUCUUACUUCCUCACCCUGUCUCUCCUCACCCUCUCUCCCCCAUCCCCCUCUGUCUGUAGCUGCAAUUGUAGAUGAUGGAGGACUAGGUUGGCUCAGGAAGUCUUACCAGAGGAUGAGAGAGCAGGCGGAGAGAGAGCAACGCAGUCUGGAGGUCAUAGUGGCAGAGCGAUAUGGGGUGAGAGUACACACUCACUCUCAACCAUAUGCACAAGCAUACACCGGUAGACAGACAUAACGAAUACAAAAACCACCUGUAUAAACAGCUAACUAUAUAAACAUUCUCACAUGCACAGAAAUUCUACAACGUGCAUCCUUCCAUAUGCAUUCCUACUUCAGACUCUCUCCCUAUCUCCCUGGUUAAUUCCCUCUAUGCAGGGUCGGCACUCCCUGUCUUUCAAAAGUUAGAAAGCUCAUGCCAAACUGCAACUUAGGUACAUUGCAAUGCACCAUGAGAACAUCAUAUCACACCAUUCACUUGUGUGUAUGUAUUAUAUUUGUGUUUCUCACAUGCAGUCCAUGGAGAAGUUUCAGAAGAGGAUGGAUGAGGCUGAGAUUGCUGUGUAUGGAUACAGGAGAGGAGAGGGGAGAGACGGAGAAAGAUGGAGGGGAGGACAGGAAGCGGGAAUGGGCAGAGAGAGGUGGAGGAAAGGAGAGGAGGGGAUGGAUAGAGAGAGGUGGAGGAGACCAGACAAGGGUAGGGACUCCUUACCUGGAGAGAAAGAGAGGGAUAGAGAUGGAGGUAGACAUAGUGAUCGGGAUAGAGAGAGGGAUGGAGGUAGACCUAGUGACCGCAAUAGAGAGAGGGAUGGAGGUAGACCUAGUGACCGGGAUAGAGAGAGGGAUGGAGGUAGACCUAGUGACCGGGAUAGAGAGAGGGAUGGAGGUAGACCUAGUGACCGGGAUAGAGAGAGGGAUGGAGGUAGACCUAGUGACCGGGAUAGAGAGAGGGAUGGAGGUAGACCUAGUGACCGGGAUGGAGGUAGACCUAGUGACCGGGAUAGAGAGAGGGAUGGAGGUAGACCUAGUGACCGGGAUGGAGGUAGAGCGAGGGAUACAGAUAGAGACAGAGAGGGGGACAGACCCAGAGACAGAGGUGCGGAUGAGAGCCUUGGCUCUGGGCUAGGCCGGAGUCUGCCUCCCCUCUCCCUCGGAGCUCUGAAAAGUCGCUUCCUCAAGCCUGCUGACGAUGAUGAUGGAGGUGAGUUGAGUGUAGUACCUUGUUCCACACACACAAAUAUACACACACACACUCUACUGAUACAUUUAUUUUCUAGACGGAGUGUCAGCCCCUGCUCCGGCCCGAACUUCCAUGGGUUUCCUGAAACCUGUGUCUGACGAUGAGGAGUCGGAUCGGAAGAGCAGUGGUCCGGCCUGGAGGAAGAGCAGCUCCGGACAGAAAUCUGCUUCAGGAAAACCAGAGCAGGAUAAAGAGAGGGAGUCUGGGAUUACCAUGUCCUCUCCUGACCAGGGUCAUAGCAGCAACAGGCCUGCAGUGACAUCAUCCAGGUCAGAGGCCAUAGCACUGUUCCAACUGUUAAUUUUGGCUUCCUCUCCCCCCUCUACUAAUCACUCAUCUAACAUCUCUAAUAUGCUUGGAUGCACUACAUUUCAACUGAAUAUGAUUUAUCGGUACUAGAGAUGUUUAGCUAUUGGCUAGACUGAACUUGUAGAAGCAUUCUUCCAAUCCCCAGAAGAUUCUCUGAAUAUCUGAACUCUGAACCUGAAGUCAUUUAUUCUCUGUAAGACUAAGAUUGUAUUUUUCUACACACACUGUCCUUGACCCUGUUCCUGUCUACUGAUGGGGAAAACCUUUCCAUCACUUCAUCCUAACUUUAAAAUGACCCCCUCAGACGAUUCUGUCCUCCACUUGACCUUCUCCUCUCUUUUUACACACAAUCUUUCCCUCCGUUCAUCAGACAGUCUGCACAGUGACCGUUUAGCCGUUCCAAAGCAGCAGUUAUCACUUCACGCACCAUAGAAUGCUCACUGAAUUAACUGGAUUUUCUCUCGUUCAUAUUCACUGUCUCUUUUUCUCGCCUUCACUCCCUCUAUACCCAUCUCUCUCUCCCAUCUCUCCUCAUUCUUCUAUUCCUGUUUCCAACACCGUUCUCUCUCUUUCUCUCCGUCCUUAUUGCUCCACCGCUCCCCCUUCUCUCUCUAUCAUUAGCUAAGUCAUUAAGUUAAACCUGCACCCAGAAGCCCUUUAAACCUCUGCAGCGUGAAAUGAAGGUGCCGUUUUAGAAGAAGGUAAUGUGUGAGGAGAGAAACAGUCUGGAGGGAACGAGACAGAAGAAGCCUGUUUCUGAGACGACGACCAUCAGAAAGAACAUGGCAGAAAGAGAGAGGGGGGUGGGUUAGAAAGGGAUGGAGUGAGAAAGAGAGCAGGGAAAUGGACCGGAAAGAGAGCGAAGGGUGGCGUGGGAGGGAGGGAUAGAGAGAGAGAGCCAUCAGGGGAGAGGAGAGCAGAACAGCUAUAAGGUCCUGAUGGAUCGGUGUCUGUUCCCAUGCUGCUAUUUAUCUCUCUAACACACACCACCACACACAGGUGUCUGAUGUUUACAAUGUGUACCCCUUGUUGUCUUUGCUUAAUUUCACUUUUCCCCUGUGUCUUCAGAUCUGAGAGCAGUAGUGACAGUUCGAGUGAGGAGGAGGAAGAGGUACCGAUCCUCACAGAUGAAGAGAUGAACAAACUGGGGGCCAGGCUGGUGAAGGCAGAGAUUAUGGGUAACACGGUGAGGUCGUCCACAUGCAUCGUCCGUGUUUCCUCUCCUUAUCCUACCUGGUCACACAAAAAAAGACAGACAAUUCCCCAUUCUAGGCGCUUUCCUUACACCCCUGCCCAUAGGCCCUUCCCUUAGCAUAUCAGGUCCCACAGCUCUCUCUCGCUCUCCUUGAUCAAAGCAAACGACUCAUUUUAUAGCACUCACUCAGGCCACUCAACCCCCAUCCAUCUCUGUAUGUCAAUCCAUACAGGUUUUACUGGCCUCAGUACUAUAUAACACACAUUUAUAACAGACAGUUUGACUGGCCCUUGACUACUCUAUAGCAGACCACUAAGUUCCCCUGGUUUGAUAGACACUGGGUUGAUGUGUGUGUUUGUUAAUUGCCUUUUAACUGUGUACUUGUAUACCCUAUAGAUUAACAGCAUGGGCAUCUGUCACUAGAGACAGGCUUCAGAGGACUGAGUGUGGAUGUGCCCACUACUUUUCUAUAUCCCCUUCAGAGGACUGAGUGUGGAUGUGGCCACUACUUUUCUAUAUCCCCUUCAGAGGACUGAGUGUGGAUGUGGCCACUACUUUUCUAUAUCCCCUUCAGACUGUCUGCUCUGACAGUGUCCAGUCACAGGCAGCUCUUCUUAACUGACAAGGGCCUGGUGGAGAUGGGCCAGGCAAGAACGAACACACACACACACACACACACUCAGUGGCUUCUUCUGCUGCUUUUCCACAUUAUCCACAUCCCUCUCAUGAGACAGAGGGUUAGAAGGAGAUGGUGGUGAAAACAUCUCUUAUUCAGUAGGCUUUAAUAUUUAGACUCAUGGGAAGGGCUGCAGGGGUGAAGGACACCACCAUACUACUAUGUUUAGUAGAAUCACUGAUUGAACAGUCAGCCUCUUGUAGUGGUCAAAUACGAUCAGGAGAGGUUGUUAAAUGUAAUUCAGUGUGUUAUGGAUGGAUGGAGAAACAGCACUCUGUGUACGAGAAAUCCAGACAGGUAACGUCUUUAAAUCAUUAGUGUGGGCGGGGUGCUGUCAAGGAACAUGUGACGUUUUUAAAUGUGUGUCACCUUUAGGCUCUGAUGGAGAAACUGAAGACCCAGCUGGAAUCAGCCCGUAAAGCCAAGGAGAACCGUGCUGCACAGCAACCUGGGAAAUCAGACAGGGUGAGUGGAGGUGUAUAGGGAGGGAGGGAGGGACGGGCAUUCUAGACUCUGCCUCCCUUACCCCUCAGGGAGCCAAGAGGAUAAGGUAGUAGCCUACUGUAAGUAUGUGCUACUCUUGUGGAGAUGACUACUAGCACUUUAGAACAAACUAAAUCACUGUCAGCUGACUGACUGAGUGCUCAAUAGCAACAAGCCUGCAGGCUGAUUGACUGCUUUACCCAUGUCUGUCUGUCUGUCUCUGCCUGCCUGCCUGCCUUUCUCUCAGAAUACCUGCUGACUGAAAGCCUGUCUAGAAUUGUAUAUUCUCUCCUGUUAGCAGUAAGAGUUGUCUUUGAUAUGAACCUAGUGUUGUAGAGUAUAUACCCUCCCAACACAUCUACCCCAGUCAGAUGUGUUCCCUAGCAGUCUCUCCUGUCCUGUUAUGGGUUUAUCCAAACAGAGAGCUCAUAACUCCACUUUUAAUACACAAGUGGCUCAAAUUAAAGCUGUUAUUGCGUCAUCAUCUUCCACCAGGCAUGAGGAAUCUGACACUCAAAGCUGAGGUAUCUUCAAAAACAACAUCACAUCUAAACAUUUAUUAGAAAAUACAAUCGCUGUUAGUCUGCGGCGGUCUACUUUUCCUGUGUGUGUGUCAUUGGGUUUACUGACUGAGCGUUGGUAGUCAUUAGUAGAGAGUUAUGGCUAACACUUGCCGCACUGUUCUUUCUGUCCUUGGCUGUGGUCAUGCCUUGAAUGCAAACCUGCGCCACCAUCCAACACCUCCCUGAUAUACAGACUGCACACGCGAUCUUAUAAAUGCACACGCGAUCUGCUAAAUGGCAUAUUAUUAUUAUUAUUAUUAUUUAUUAUUAUCUUAUAAUAUAAUAUAAUAUAAUAAUAUGCCAUUUAGCAGACGCUUUUAUCCAAAGCGACUGACAGUCAUGCGUGCAUACAUAUUAUUAUUUUUUUGUGUAUGGGUGGUCCCGGGGAUCGAACCCACUACCCUGGCGUUACAAGCGCCGUGCUCUACCAGCUGAGCUACAGAGGCUGGCUAGUGCUCACUACAUGGUCAUAAUAUCCCACAACCACUUGUUAAUUCACCAGUGUGUAUUAAAGCUUUACAGACCUAAUCUGUGGUUUGUUUACAACUCUGAAUUUAUUGUAGGAUUUUUUUUUAUGACAGAGGGGUUAUGGGUGGUUUUCAAGGAUCAAAGACUUUCUCCUUCAGUGAAACGCUCUACUUGCUUUUGGUGUUUUUUUUAGGAAAGGGUAUGGCCCGUGUCUAUUGUUAGUGGUGGUAAUCAUCGUAGCCAAAGCUGUCUCUCUUUCACUUCUCUCGCACUCCUUGAAUGUCCUCUGCUAUUCCCCCCUCUCUCUCUUUCCUCCCCCCCUUCUUUUUCCCCCCCCCCCCCCCCCCCCCCUCUCUCUCUGUCAUGUCAGCUUUGAAUGAAACCCUCUAGUGCAGGGAUUUCCAACUCGAUUCAGCCGCGGGCCAAUUUCUUUUCUUGACAGGAUGGUCAGAGGUCCGCCAGUUGGGGAACCCUGCUCUAGUGAGCUGUCUGAUUGUGAACUCUCUCCUCUGCCUCUCCUCAGUUAGGUUUUUCUGUGUUGCUUCUCUUUUCAUUAGUGAGGAGAAUAAGAAUAUGGAGAAGUAGGCUAAUGUAUUACUGUUCCUCUCUUGGUGAGAUCUGCUAUAAUCUCUUCAGACUCCUCAGUGAGGGUGUGGCUGUUGGAGUUAUUCCACACUCUUCAUUGUCCCCCACAAUGAAAUCGGGGAGGGGACUGUGGAUCGGUCUCCGUUCGUACGUUAGCCACACGCGAUAUCUCAGACAGCACUAGCCCGAUUUUGACGAAACUUGGGGGAAUGAUGUGUCUUGCCAUAGAGAUCUGGCAUUUACAAAAUUACACUGAUUGGCUAGAUGGUGGCGCUAUAAUGAGAUUGAAAAUGCAAACUUUGAAAGGUCACGCACCUCACCCCGUUUGCCCUGAAGUCAUGAAAUUCAGUACAUGGGUGCAUCUCCUCACAAGGAAAGAAAUAUGCCUCAGGGACCAAUAAGGUCUGCCAUUAUGGAUUUUCCACCAUUUUGUUUUUUUGUGUGGAAAACACUCAUCUUCUGGCACCGAAUGACCGAUCUGCGCGAAACUUGAUAUGUGGCAUCUAUGGACAAACGUUUUCAGACUAGUACCUAAAACAACCAAUAAACAUUCACGUGGCCGUGGUCUGGCACAAAUGCAUAUAAAUCAGUCAAGGAUAUUCGUAUUGUAACACAAUUUUGUGCACAUGUUGCAAACACUGUCAGGACUCAACAUAACAAAGUACAUUCAUAUCAACCACGCAGUGGCGCUAUAACGGGCACGUGUUUAUCUCUUGAUCUGUUUGACUCAGAGUGCUGAAAUUUGGCACACAUGCUCAGGGAUAUGAGUCUAGCUAACCCACGCAAAACUUGGUGAAUGAUGCGUCUUGCCAUAGACGUGUUUACAAAAUUACACUGAUUGGCCCAAAGGGGGCGCUGCAUCAUUCGUAGGGGACUGCAUGUUUACUGUUGCCUUUUUUGAUCAUGGUUAGUGAUACACCCAGCAGUCAUACAAGCUCUCUCUCAAGACUGAUUGGAGAGGUCGUGUGGAGGGCUCUGUCCUUUUUCUUUUGAUGAUUUCUAUUGUCUCAAAUCAAAUCAAAUUUUAUUUGCCACAUGCGCCAAAUACAACAGGUGACAUUACCGUGAAAUGGUUACUUACAGCCCUUAACCAACAAUGCAUUUAUUUCUUAAUAAAAAAGUAAAAUAAAACAACAACAACAAAAAAGUGUUGAGAAAAAAAGAGCCGAAGUAAAAUAAAAUAACAGUAGGGUACCGGUGCAGAGUCAAUGUGCGGGGGCACCGGCUAGUUGAGGUAAUUUGUACAUGUGGGUAGAGUUAGUGACUAUGCACUUCAUGGCUACAGACGUCAGUGCUACGGGUCGGUAGUCAUUUAGGCAGGUUAUCUUAGUGUCCUUGGGCACGGGACUAUGGUGGUCUGCUUGAAACAUGUUGGUAUUACAGACUCAGUCAGGGACAUGUUGAAAAUGUUGGUGAAGACACUUGCCAGUUGGUCAGCACAUGCUCGAAGUACACAUCCUGGUAAUCCGUCUGGCCCUGCAGCCUUGUGAAUGUUGAACUGCUUAAAAGUCUUACUCACAUCGGCUACGGAGAGCGUGAUCACAUAGUCAUCCGGAACAUCUGGUGCUCUCAUGCAUGCUUCAAUGUUGCUUGCCUCGAAGCGAGCAUAGAAGUGGUUUAGCUCGUCUGGUAGGCUUGUGUCACUGGGCAGCUCGCGGCUGUGCUUCCCUUUUGUAGUCUAAUAGUUUUCAAGCCCUGCCACAUCCGACGAGUGUCAGAGCCGGUGUAGUACGAUUCAAUCUUAGUCCUGUAUUGACUCUUUGCCUGUUUGAUGGUUCGUCGGAGGGCAUAGCGGGAUUUCUUAUAAGCGUCCAGGUUAGAGUCCCGCUCCUUGAAAGCGGCAGCUCUACCCUUUUAGCUCAGUGCGGAUGUUGCCUGUAAUCCAUGGCUUCUGGUUGGGGUAUGUACGUACGGUCACUGUGGGGACGACGUCAUCGAUGCACUUAUUGAUGAAGCCAGUGACUGAUGUGGUGUACUCCUCAAUGCUAUCUGAAGAAUCCCGGAACAUGUUCCAGUCUGUGCUAGCAAAACAGUCCUGUAGCUUAGCAUCUGCAUCAUCUGACAAUUUUUUUAUUAACCGAGUCACUGGUGCUUCCUGCUUUAGUUUUUGCUUAUAAGCAGGAAUCAGGAGGAUAGAGUUAUGGUCAGAUUUGCCAAAUGGAGGGCGAGGGAGAGCUUUGUAUGCGUCUCUGUGUGUGAAGUAAAGGUGGUCUAGAGUUUAUUUUCCUCUGGUUGCACAUUUAACAUGCUGGUAGAAAUUAGGAGGGCUUAAACAACGUUAUUGUCCCCCAUGAUGAAAUCGGAGGGCGGGACUAUGGAUCUGUCUCCAUCCAUUCGUACGUUAGUCACACGCAAAAUCUCAGUCACCGCUGGCCUGAUUUUGACGAAACUUGGGUGAAUUAUGCAUCUUGCCAUAGAUUUCCGGCAUCUACAAAAUACCACUAAUCGACCUAAGGGGGGCGCUAUAGUAAUCAACUGAAAUUCCAAACUUUGAACAAUCAAAUCUUCUGUCCCGUUUGAGCUCUAAUUGAUGUCACUAAUUAGGCUGGGGUGGGACAACAUGUUUACUGUUGCCUUGUUUGAUGGUGUGUGUAAGUUAUUGCAUUAUCAGUGUGCCGUUAUUCUGUGUGUAAGUGUUCCUGUAAACCCACCCAGCCAUGGAAAAACGGCCUUAUCAACUGUCGUGUUCCUCUUACAAUAACACUGGAUAAUUUUAUUUUACUGUAGAAUAAUGAAUGUGCUGCUACCGUAAUGUCUGCUAUGUGAUGAAUUGUGUUUGAGUGUUGUGCUUGCAUGUGUUUUUUCUGUUCUAUGUUAGUCUUCAUAACCCUCUCCCUCUCUUUUUGUUCAGCCUCCAGGUCAAACAGAGGAGGACCAGGAAGUACUUCUCUUCAGAACAGACCAAUCGGGUCGUGCCUGGCCGGUCAACGCCUCUUCAGAACCCCAGGAGCCCAGAGGAGGACGUAGGAAAAAGAAGGCGGUGAGGAGUGUGUGUGUGUGUGUGUGUGUGUGUGUGUGUGUGUGUGUGUGUGUGUUAUGUUAGGUUGUGUGAAAUGAGGCCAGAGUGUCUCCUCUGUCUGGACUUACCUGGGAGUGAAGAGAUGUAUCACAAAUUGAUUUUGCCACAUCAACAAUACAAACAGUCUCCCUCUCUUAACUGUGCUUAUGUAAACAGAUCUAAAGUAUAUUCUCUGUUUAUGAUUUAUAAUGACUUUAUGAAGUGUAACAGAGAGAGUGUCUCGUCUACAGCAUCUCUCUUUUCUCCCACUCCCUCUUUCUCUCCAUCUCUAUUGGUUACACAUAGGGAUGGGGAAAGAGAGGUAUUUUCAGAAUUCUAAUCAUGUCUCUCUCUCCUGGUCAGAUUGAGACCCACAGGGAUGGGGAGCGUGUGAGAUACUUCCAGGAUGAUGACAGUGUGGGUCUUCAUGAGAUGGUCCGCAGGGAGAAGAUGAGCUCUGCAGAGGACCAGAACUCCCUCUACGCACGCAUGGCUGGCAAGGUACGCUGCAUUCGCUACAAACAACCUUUCCCGUCUGUAAAAUGUAAAUGUACUCAUCCAAGACAUCAAUCUGGCAACCUAGAACACCAUAGAGUUUUGGACGAUCUUUUUUUUGGCUUAAUCCUUUAAUCUGCAUUUAUUUGAGGUCAGUUGGUAGAGCGUGGCGAUUGCAAUGCCAGGGUUGUGGGUUCGAUUCCCACUGGGGGUCAGUAUGAAAAAUGUAUGCACUCACUAACUGUAAGUCGCUCUGGAUAAGAGCGUCUGCUAAAUGACUAAAAUGUAAAUGUAAAUUUAGAGUCCACACUGCAGAACCACUAGCAGAGUAGAGUUUGUUCCCCUAUCAAGACGGGCAUUGCUCUGGCAGUGACUAUUUCUAGGGUUGCUGGGGUAGGUAACCUUGGGUUACAGCAGAACACUGUAGUGGGUAGCUACCCAAUCAGUGAGGAGGAGGGAACUACUCGUUAUCCUAGCAUCUCUUAAAAAAUAAAAAAUACUUUUCCCCCCCACAUCAAAUUUGUAUUAUUUCAAUUCAUAUCAGUUUUCGUAUCAGUUUGAUAGGUUUUCCCAUUGAAAAUACUUACGGUGUCUCUUAGUAGAAGGUCUUUGGUGCAAUCUGUGAGACAGGAUAAGUCAAGGUUAAUAUGUCAGCUCCCCCUGAGGGCAGAAUGGAGAGAACAGCCUUCUGGGAUGUGUAGUCUUGCAGCCUCACUUCCUGUGUACUAGAAACAUACAGAGUAGCAGAUGGGUGUGUCAUAUUUAUCAAUCUGAAUUGGUAUCCUUACAGUUUUAAGUGAGUCUCUCUCGCUCUCUUUUCAUCGCUCUCUUUUUCUCUAAGUAUAUGAAUAAAUAUUUUGGAGUACAGAGGUGUGUCUGUGUUGGAGAGAGGAGAGAGAGCGAUGGAUAGAGGGCGAGAAGUAUAGAGAGAGAAAGCAUUAUUAAUAAACUAGGAGAUGUCAGUUGCCAUGGUGAUUCAAAAUGAAAGCGACAAAGUUGCACCUUUUUUAGCUCUCUCUCUGUGGGCUAUAUCAUUAGCUCCGCACACACACACACUCUCUCUCUCUCCUUAGCUCCACUGUAAGCCUACAAGCAGGGACUAGACUCUAUAAAUACUGCUACGGUUACCAUGGCAUAGUGACUAUAAAUACUAGAUCUAGUCAUUUAUAUAUUUAUAAUGUGCAUGGAGAGAAAGUAAUUGUCUCAACACCCACCACCCUAGUCCUUAUGGCUUUAACACUGGCCUGGUUACUCCUCAACCACCACCCAAAUCUGACUUUUGAUUUCUUCAAUCAAGAUGGUCUGAUAACCAGUUAAUAGAUAUAUGGUGUUAAAAUAUUAGCCGUCUGUCUCCUGUAUCAACGUUUGUCUGGGUUUAGUUUUCCCUCACCGUAUGUAAAUAUGUUUUCAGCAGCUGGAUGCAUCUACACUAUGCCUAAAUCCUAGACCUGGUAUUUAUGUUGAUGUUUCAAUGGUGCCAGGGUACAAGGAUAGCUAGUCUUUUAUACUCUGGCCAGGGUACAAGGAUAGCUAGUCUUUUAUACUCUGGCCAGGGUAUAAGGAUAGCUAGUCUUUUAUACUCUGGCCAGGGUAGAAGGAUAGCUAGUCUUUUAUACUCUGGCCAGGGUACAAGGAUAGCUAGUCUUUUAUACUCUGGCCAGGGUACAAGGAUAGCUAGUCUUUUAUACUCUGGCCAGGGUAUAAGGAUAGCUAGUCUUUUAUACUCUGGCCAGGGUAGAAGGAUAGCUAGUCUUUUAUACUCUGGCCAGGGUACAAGGAUAGCUAGUCUUUUAUACUCUGGCCAGGGUACAAGGAUAGCUAGUCUUUUAUACUCUGGCCAGGGUAUAAGGAUAGCUAGUCUUUUAUACUCUGGCCAGGGUACAAGGAUAGCUAGUCUUUUAUACUCUGGCCAGGGUAGAAGGAUAGCUAGUCUUUUAUACUCUGGCCAGGGUACAAGGAUAGCUGGUCUUUUAUACUCUGGCCAGGGUACAAGGAUAGCUAGUCUUAUACUCUGAUACUGUAUUUUCUUCCCUAUACCUUCUGUGGCAUAACCGGUCGGAUUCCAGGAGCAUUUGCUUUUUGCACUUUCUUGGUUCCCUGUUCCACCACCCACCACUGUUGCUCAAUCGAAACAAGGCAAAGUCCCAUUCAGGGUAUAUGCGUGCGUGCGUGCGUGUGUGCGUGCGUGCUUGCGGCCCAGGUAGAAGUUGUCUAAAACUCCAGCAGUGAGGUGUGGCAGUUACACACACACACACACACACACAGACCUGUGGGAAAUUGAUUCAUUAUCCACAGAGUGAAGGCUGGCAAUAUAAACCCCACAUUGGCCGAGCACACACACAGUCACACAUGCGCUUAUCACAUCUCUGCCUUAGUGUCCGUAAGCAGCUUUAGCUAGAGCGAAUGUCUCCCUGUACUCUGUCUGAGAGAGAAAGAUCAAAUUAGAGCUGGAAUUAGAGUAGAUAAAUCAGAGCUGAUAUUAGAUCAGCCUUUUGUUCCUGUUCUAGAGUCGACUUCCCUCCUAAAGGGAGGCACUGGUAGAGGUGUGGUAUGGGUGAUACCGUUCUGACUGACUACCCAAUGAGGUGUUGGAUUUUCAUGGGUGAUGAGGUGAUGGAAUGCACACGCUAUGCUCUCACACAUACAAUAGACUAGACGGGCAUGUUGUUGUACAUACACACACCUAGGCCUGCUCUCACACAGACCCAGACCUGUCAAUCAGUCAGGACAGGGUGUGGAGACACCACAUCCCCACAGCUCACCCUGUAUCCAUGGAGAUGCCUCUCUGUCACUGCCAUUUUAAAAAAAGAUCCUUCAAGCAACACUCAACCAUCAGAUCCUAUAGACAUGGUUUAGUGACAAAAUGACAACUUAACCAACACAAACACAACUUUUCAAAGCACCCUCCUAUCUUGUUUCUGUGUGCAAUGUGAGGUGGGAAUAUUCGUCCGCUGUUCGAUGCUCCCUAGUGUGAUCUUUAUUGAGCUACAACAAUGACGUGCACUGAUCUAACAAUGACGUCUGUUAACUGACCCGGCUACAGCAAUAUGGAUUUGUAUUGAUAGACUGAUUAAUUACUCUAGUCUAGUGUGAGACUAGCCCUUUGGGUCUCUCUCUCUCCGUGUGUGUGUGUGUGUGUGUGUGUGUGUGUUGAAAACCACUCUAGGUCAUGCACCGACUCAUUUGGGGAAAUCACUAUAAUAAGUUAAUAAUCACACUUUGGGCAAACAGUGAGCAAACAAACAUAUUUAUCUCCCUCCCUCCCCCUCUGUCAGAUGAUGGGGAAGACCGACGAUGACAACUACACCCUGGAUGACAUGUUUGUUUCGAGCGCGGCUCAGAGAGAGGGGGAGGGGAGGGACGAGGACAGGAUGAGGAGCAGAGCCAUAGCGGAACACAGGCGACUGGCCGUUACCAUGGAGAAAUGCCAUCACUGCUUCAGCAACCCCGAGCUCCAGAAACACCUGCUCAUUGCCAUAGGAACCAAGGUGAGGAAGUAGGGAAGGAGCGUUUGGCCCCCUGGGAUUUGUAGUGUCAGAUUGGUUAGUAUGUUUUUUGACUGUGUGUGUUUUUUGUUGUUGUUUGUGUGUGUGUUUUUUGACUGGGUGUGUUUUUUGACGUGUGUGUUUUGACUGUGGGGGGAAGGGUUGGUUUGACUGUGUGUGUGUGUGUUCUGACCAUGAGUGUGUGUCUGCAGGUGUAUCUGAGCCUGCCUGGAGGUGUGUCUCUGACAGAGGGUCACUGUCUGAUCACUCCGCUGCAACACCACUGCUCUGCCACUGGAUUGGACGAGGACGUGUGGACAGAGAUCCAGGUUAGCCAAUCAAAAACACGGGUUCUACUAUAGCCUAGACAUGCCCGCCCACCUUUCAGAUUUUCACUGAUUGGUCGAGAAUGGAGGUUGUGUGUGACGUUGUGUGUUUGUCCUGUGUGCAGGUGUUCCGCAGGGCAUUGGUGCAGAUGUUUGAGUCUCAGGAUCAGGACUGUGUGUUUAUGGAGACUCAUAUGAACCCAAAGAGACGCCAGCACAUGGUCCUGGAGUGUCUCCCUUUACCCAGAGAACUGGGAGACAUGGCUCCUAUCUACUUUAAGGUGUGUGUUUGUCUUCCUAUAGAAAACUAUCUAUAGAAUAGAUGAGCUGUGGGUUAAUAACGUGUGUGUGUUCUACAGAAAGCCAUCAUGGAAUGUGAUGAGGAGUGGGCGAUGAAUAAGAAGGUUGUGGAUCUCUCCUCCAAAGACAUCCGCCAUGCUGUGAGUUAUACCUCCAUCUUCUCUUUCCCUGUUCCUCUUGUCACAUCUUUCCCCCUUCCUCACUCCUGAAAUGCCUUUAGCCCUCUUUCCCUCCAUACCUCCCUCUCUCUACCAAGCUCCAGAACCAGUUGCCUGUCCCUGAGUUAGGGCUUUUAAGGGGGUGUAUUCUGUGAGUGUGUAUGACAGUGUGUUCUCUCUGUGCCAGGUGCCGCGGGGUCUGCCGUAUUUCUCAGUCGACUUUGGUCUUCAGGGGGGCUUUGCUCACGUCAUUGAAAACGAACACAAGUUCCCCCACUACUUUGGCAAGGUCAGUGAAUUACAACUACUAUGGGGCGCUUUUACUGUCUGCUGCAUUUUUUAUUUUUUUUACCUUUAUUUAACUAGGCAAGUCAGUUAAGAACAAAUACUUAUUUACAAUGACGGCCUACACCGGCCAAACCCGGACGACGCUGGGCCAAUUGUGCACCGCCCUAUGGGACUCGGCCGGUUGUGAUACAGCCUGGAAUCGAACCAGGGGGUCUGUAUUGACGCCUCAAGCACUGAGAUGCAGUGCCUUAGACCACUGCGCCACUCGGGAGCCCAAUCACUAACCCUUCUCCCCCUCCUUCUCCCCCUCCUUCUCCCCUCCUUCUCCCCUCCUUCUCCCCUCCUUCUCCCCUCCUUCCUCCCUCCUUCCCCCCUCCUCCUCCCUCCUUCCCCCCUCCUCCUCCCUCCUUCCUCCCUCCUCCUUCCCCCCUCCUCCUCCCUCCUUUCCCCAUCCUUCUCCUUUUCCCUCAUCUCUUUCUCUCCUUCUCUACCUCUCCCCUCUCCUUCUCUACCUCUCCCCUCUCCCUCUCCUUCUCUACCUCUCCCCUUCUACCUCUCCCCCUCUCUACCUUUCUCCUUCUUCCUCUCCCCCUCUCCUUCUUCCUCUCCCCCUCACCACCUCCUUCUCUCCCUUUCCUCCUCUCCCCUCUCCUCCUCUCCCCUUUCCUUCUCCCCCUCUCCUCCUCUCUCCUCUCCUUCUCUACCUCUCCCCUCUCCUUCUCUCCCCUCUCCUUCUCCUUCUCUCCCCCUCUCCUUCUCUCUCCUCUCCUUCUCCUCCUCUCCCCUCUCCUCCUCUCCCCUCUCUUCAGGAGAUAGUUGGUGGGAUGUUGGACGUGGAGCCGAGGAUAUGGAGGAAGUCCAUCAGGGAGAACUUUGACAACCAGCGGAAGAAAGUCCUUGAGUUCUCCCAGUGGUGGAAACCCUUCGACUGCACCAAGACGGACAGCUGAACCAGCCAACCAACACGUCUCAAUAAACCCCUAGCCCCUUGUAUAUCUGAAAUUAUAAACCUGGUGGUUAGAGCCCUGAAUGCUGAUUGGCUG